GAGGUUGCUGCACGGUGUUAGGUGCGCACGCACCGGAUCCCUUGCUUGCUUCCCCUACCCCGCUCCCUGCUGCCGCCGCGCUUCUCUCGGAGCCCUGCCUCCCACCUCACUGACCACACUCCCUGCUUCUUCCGCCAGUUCACACACACAGACACGCACGCUCUCCCCUCCCCCACACCGUUCCACCGUCCACAUUCGUUCGCCAGCAGCCAGAUCAGAGUAGAUCUCCGAUGGGGUGUUUCCAGUCCAAGCCGGCGGGGAAGCCGCUGCCGCCCGACGCCGACGCCGCCCUCCCCGCCGACGACCCCGCAGAUCCCGAGGCGGCGAACGGCGUGGAUGGGCCCGCGGGGGUCGCGGAGGGGGACGAGAAGGAUGGCGGCGCGGCGGCGGCCAAGCGGGCGGUGCCGGUCUUCAGGGAGUUCGGGCUCGCCGAGCUGCGCGCCGCCACCAAGGGCUUCAGCGCCGACCUCAUCGUCUCCGAGAGCGGCGAGAAGGCGCCCAACGUCGUCUACCGGGGCCGACUCGACGGCGGCCGCCUCAUUGCCGUCAAGCGCUUCUCCCGCCUCUCCUGGCCCGACCCGCAGCAGUUCCUCGCGGAGGCGGGCGGCGUGGGGAAGGUGCGGCACAAGCGCCUCGUCAACCUCAUCGGCUGCUGCGCGGAGGGCGACGAGAGGCUGCUCGUCGCCGAGUACAUGCCCAACGACACCUUGUCCAAGCACCUCUUCCACUGGGAUAAGCAGCCAUUGCCAUGGGAAAUGCGGUUGAGGGUUGCACAUUACAUUGCACAAGCACUCGACCAUUGCAAUGCAGAGAACCGGAAAAUCUAUCAUGACUUGAAUGCUUAUAGGGUACUUUUUGAUGAGGAAGGUGAUCCUCGCUUGUCAAGUUUUGGACUAAUGAAGAACAGUCGUGACGGGAAAAGUUAUAGCACCAACCUGGCUUACACCCCACCAGAGUUUCUACGAACCGGCCGAGUCAUCGCUGAGAGUGUGAUAUAUAGUUACGGAACGGUUCUCUUGGAUCUGUUGAGUGGGAAACACAUUCCUCCUAGUCAUGCGCUUGAUUUGAUAAGAGGAAAGAAUAUACUGUUAUUGAUGGAUUCCUCCUUAGAAGGGCAAUAUGCUAAUGAAGAUGCUUCAAAAUUAGUAGAUCUUGCAUCAAAAUGUUUACAGUUUGAAGCUAGGGACAGACCCAAUAUAAAGUAUCUAUUGUCUUCUGUUGGGCCUCUUCAGAAGCAAAAGGAGGUGGCAUCACAUGUGUUGAUGGGCAUUACAAAAACCACGUCAGUCUUACCAACUAUUCUUUCUCCACUUGGGAAGGCCUGUGCUGGUAUGGACCUUACAGCAGUACACGAUAUAUUGCUCAAAACAGGUUACAAAGACGACGAAGGUGCAGAAAAUGAGUUGUCCUUUCAAGAAUGGACUCAGCAAGUGCAAGAGAUGCUGAACACAAAGAAGUUUGGUGAUAUUUCAUUUAGAGAUAAGGAUUUCAAGAGUGCAAUUGACUACUAUACGAAGCUAGUUGGAAUGAUGUCAGUGCCUUCAGCUACAGUUUUUGCAAGGCGGAGUUUCUCCUACCUGAUGAAUGGGCAGUCGGAGCUUGCUCUGCGGGACGCAAUGCAGGCUCAGGUCUGCAUGCCUGAAUGGCCUACCGCAUUCUACCUCCAAGCCCUUGCUCUCUCAAAGCUAGGCAUGGAAACUGACGCGCAGGACAUGCUCAACGACGGAGCCACUUUUGAGGCCAAGAAGCAAAACAGCUGGCGUGGUUAGGGAGCAAGCCACAGCUUCCUCCAAACUGUUGUUGCCUUUCAACAGAGGAAGGUACAAUGAAGAUUGUUCACUGGGACGUCGGAUGCGCUGCUAGGAGUGGGAUUGAAGUGCACUGUUUUAUCGUGCGAUCUCCACCCUGAAAUGUCGAUAACGUUGCUGUUGUGACAUGGAAGAAGAGAGCAGAGGGGUAGGAGUUGCGCUUUGUUUUCAUCAGCGAUUGCGGCAUGCUCUUGCUAGUCAUUACGCCAUGGUGCUCCUUUGGGAGAGAAGAUUGUAAUUAAGGUGACGCUGUCUUAACGAUUCUCCUUUUUCGUUUUUCUUUCCACUGGAUGGUUGGAUGAUUGAUAGCGAGGUUAGGAAGGGGGCUCCUUCCUUGUGAUUAGCUGGGAAAAAAAUAAAUUAGACUGAAUUCCAUUCGAUUCAACCAUGCAUGUUUCCUCA